AAAAGUGCCAAAUUUAUUUGGUUGAUCAUUGGACAUAAUUCCUUUAGUGGAUAUUUUUAUGAAUAAUUUCUAGUAUGUUUUUGCCAACCAAACAAGCUACUAGUGUCGGACAUGGGUAUCUAUCCGAAUGUCGGACUCGCUUUUUCAGUGAGAUGCAGAGUAAGGGUCAAUACCCAUUUUUAAUGUUGCUUAACUUUAUGAUUCAGUUAGAAGAGCUAGAGAAACAGCUCAAGAUUGAGAGAAAAUCCACAAGAAAAGCUGAAAAGAAGCUCAAUUUCCUUAAAAAGAAGCUUGAAUUAUUGAAAAUUCCGUUUAGUAUCAAUAUAUCAGAGGAAUGUGAGCGAUCUAUCUCCUCAAAUAAUUCUGAAAGUUCUUGCCUAUCAUCUAUAGCUUCGGCGAGUUUUGAUCAUCAAGAUCUUCUCCCAGAGUUUCAAACCUCAAAAUCAAGCUCCACCACUAGUGAUAUGGCAGAGGAAGCACAAUUAGAGAUUAGUGUGCAGAACAAAAGUCAUGAUAUUAAUAAAUGUGAUGGUAGCCAAAUAAAUUCCUCUGCUGGGCAACAAGAAUCAGACCAACUUUGUCACGGGAUAGGUAAAAGGGGGGAGGUCCUCAAAUGCAUCAUAUUCUUCCUCAUUAUCAACAUCACCAAUACCGAGGAUACUCCUUUUACCAGAAUGCAAUUUAGAACUCUUCUGGCAUGAAAACACAACCAACCCGAUUCUUCAAAAUUUUUGCAUCCACACUGAAUUGUCUUCUCUAGGUAAUUCAAGGAGACUUAUUGAGAAGAACAAUCAAUGCCAUUGAGGAAAACUUUGUAUGUCAGAAUAUUCCCUUAUGUACCAACUAUUCACUUGCACUUGCCAUUGUAUGUUUGAAUUCUUCCCGAAAAUCUCGGAAAAGAGUAUGUAUGUACUGUGAAGCAGCAUGUUUUAAUAGUGGACUCAUGUAGAUAUCUGAUUUUGGUAUUCCCUUUGUACAAUUUAAAUCAUCCUUUUCUUCA